GUAAGGCGUUCUUCGGGGCAACGGAAGUUCAACGUUCAUCUUCAUCGAUCAUCGUGGGAGCUGUCAUGGCAUCAUAGACUCGUGCCAAACACACAGCAAGUUAAUAACAACAUGAUGUAUGGCCGUCGGGGCUGCCUUGUUGGUGUUGGCAAGCCCUGGAUCUUCCACUAGUCCUUCUUCCCUGAAUCUCAUUUCAUCCGUCUCUUCCUGGAGGGCUCUCCAGGAUCUCACCAUACUAGGUACACGGCGCGGGGGUUUUGCCACAUGUCACAUCUCUCUUUCAUCGAUAACAUCGACCUCCCGAAUCGGGUACGAACUGGGCAACACGAGGUAUUCCCCUUUGUUGGGCAGUCAAGGCACCGGUAGGUAGCCAACACUACAGUCACUCUGCCGCACACUCCAACGGCCCGUGUCGG